GACAGGGUUGAAGACAUCCACACACAGAGAGAGAGAGAGAGAGAGAGAGAGAGAGAGAGAGAGAGAGAGGUGGGGUGUGUGUGUGUGUGUUGGUUUCGAGGAGCAGAAAAGAAGACAGGAGAGAGGGAGAGGGAGGAUGGGGAGACGGGAAUAUGGAGGAGGGGGGAACGCGAUGGCGGCGGCGGCGGCAGCAACAGGGUUGCCCGGGUGGCUGGGCCGGCUGGUGGAGGAGAGCUUCUUCGUGGGGUGCGGGACCCAUGAGAGCCGGAAGAAGAACGAGAAGAACAUCUUCUGCCUCGACUGCUGCACCAGCAUCUGCACCCACUGCGCGCCAGCCCACUCUUCCCACCCCCUCCUCCAGGUGAGGAGGUACGUGUACAACGAUGUGGUUCGAUUGGAUGAUCUUGAGAAGCUUAUAGACUGUUCCUAUGUUCAGCCAUACACCAUUAACAGUGCCAAGGUGGUCUUCCUGAAGCCAAGACCUCAAUCAAGGCCCUUCAAGGGCUCUGGGAACAUCUGCCUGACCUGUGACAGGAUCCUUCAGGAGCCCUUCCACUUCUGCUCCCUGUCCUGCAAGGUGGAUCAUGUUCUGCUACAAGGUGAGGACCUGUCGAGCAUACUGUUCAGGUUCAACGAGUCAGACUUCGCCUUCUCCACCUUCGAGAAUCUGCGGAUGGACAGCUCCGAUCUGAUCGACGACGACGGCCAGGUGACCACCCCGAGCUCGAUCCUGGAAGACCCGGUGCAGUACCACGGCUGCUCGGCCUCGAGCAACUCGGGGAAGCAGGGGGGCGGCUCCGAGGCGCCCAAGAAGAAGAAGAAGGGCGGCGGCUUCUUCCCUCAGAUCGUCCUCUCCCUGAGCAACAGGAGGAAGGGAGCUCCCCACCGAUCUCCCCUCUCCUAAUGUUCGCCGUCGCAACCAACCUCUUUCCUAAUCUGUGCUGCUUAUAGUUCUGGUGUCCGUAGCUGCUCCGCGGAGGGAGCUCCUGAGCAUUUCCAUUGCUGAGUAGGUGAGCAGAGUGUGGAUGAGGUUUCAGGCCUCACUGUGUUCGCCAAUUUUGUUUGAUGUGGUGGGAAUGCAUACUUCUAUAUCUGCUACCUUCAUAUAUAUUAUAUAUAUGUCGAGCCUGUGCUUUGUCUCUA